UUGAAUUUGUCUGCUAAUGGGAUGUAGUGUUUUGUUAAUAUCGUUGUUGGCAUUAGAAUCACAUGUAAUAGGCAUUGUUGUUUUGUCUUCCUCAGUAUUUAGGCUGUGUCAUUUUUAUAACAAAUUUAUUUGCUUUAGGUUCUUUUUAAUUAAAGCUGUGCGGCAAGUUUACGCCACAGUACCGCACUGCUGUUGAAUAUAAAAUGUGUAUAUAAUUUUAAGAAAGACUAGUACUCGUCAAAUUCGCAGUAUGAGAGCGAUUGCUGUAUCUGUGUGGAUAUUUAUAAAUUUGGUUUUUAUAGGAAUGUGUGGCUAUAUUUAUUUAUUGUGGUCACAAUACUGGCAAUAUGUGGAAAGACAGCAUAAUCAGUUAGCUGGUAUUAUUAACAAUAAUCACAACAUUUAUAGCAGUAAUGGUCAGAUCUAUUUUUAUUAUCACGGUUCGUCAGAAACUAUUUCAAUGGGAGUCAGCUCUAACAGAGAGAAUCAAACUGUCAAAAAUUAUGUAACAAAUAAGAGUUCUCCAAGACAUCACUUAAGAAGCAGAUCAAAUAAAACGUCGACUACAGUCAUUAAAAAAUACAGUCAACCACGGUUUCCUAAACUCCGAGGUAUGGACACAGACGUAGAGAGCCAAGGACCGAGGUGCAGCGGUGACUCUUCAGAAUGCCUUGCUUCGUCAGACUUACCGUUGGUAAAUGACAAACUCUCAGCAAGGGUUGCCACAUAUAAAAGUCAACUCGUAGUUCAACUGCGUCGAGUUUUGUUGGAAGAGAGUAGCGUUUUUAAAGCUCGUGGAGAUGGUAAUAACCCUUACAAUGUUCAAUAUGCUGGCCCAAGAGGGUCAUACCAAGGCAAAAGUGUUCACGAAUUAGUUUGUGAGCUGCAGAACAAAGUAAAAAUCCGAACUCUUUCAGAGAAUGAUGAACCCUUUUCAACACUUGGUCUUAGUAAGCAGUUUCCAGAUGAACCUCUUUUAGGAAAACCAGGCAAGCAUUUCAACACAUGUGCAAUUGUUACUAAUGCUGGCUCUUUAGAUGGAUCAGGACUUGGUAACUUUAUAGAUACACAUGAUGUUGUUCUGAGGUUCAACCAUGCACCAACAGAAGGUUAUGAAUCUGAUGUUGGAUCAAAGACAACUCUGCGCAUUCUUAAUUCACAGGUUGUAUCAAAACCUGAAUUCAAUUUCCUUACAUCAGCACUUUAUCAAGGUAUCUCUCUCCUUGCUUGGGAUCCAAGUAAUUACUCGUCAUCUCUUGAAGAGUGGUAUGAAAAUCCUGAUUUUGAUGUUUUCACCCCAUACUUCAAACAUCGAGAAAAGUUUCCAGAUGCAGUGUUUCACUUGCUGGAUCCACGCUCACAGUGGCUUCUAUGGGAAUACAUACAGAGCCACAUUCCUGUACGUAUAAGAAAAAAUCCACCAUCUUCAGGAUUCUUAGGACUUGCACUAUUGCUUCCACAUUGUGCAUAUGUUGAUCUGUUUGAAUAUGUGCCCUCUGUGCGACUGACAAAACGAUGUCAUUACUGGGAUGUAGCUGAAGACCUUUCAUGUACGUUUGGUGUUUGGCAUCCUCUGGCAGCAGAGAAGCUUUUAGCAUUGGCUCUCAACACAGCAAAUGAUGUGGCUGUUUUCUAUGAUGGUUAUGUAAGAGUCCCUGGAUACAAAACAUUGGGAUGUUGAUCUUGUUUAUUUAUGUUUUCUUAAUAACUUCUUCUUCUUCUAACAACUAUUGUUAUUCACAAGAAAGAAAUAUUUAUAUAUAUUACAAUAAAUGAUAAUUUUCAAAUUUUAUUUUCAUGAAAUAGUUUUAUAAUGAUAUCUAGUUUGUCUUAUGUACUAUAUUGACACUAACAGACUCCUCAAAAUAAAUUCAUGCUUUGAUAACACACAGCCCCACUCAUUUUAAAGCAAAUUCCUCAAAACAGAAACACCUAGUUUGUGAUCUUGGACAAAUUAAACUAAAGUGAAGUGUACAAAUACAAAUUUAGUACCACUGUAGUGUUAACAGUCAGGUCACUUUAUUCAAUGAAUUUACUCUAUUUCCAAGGUGGCACAGCAUUUCUCAGUAAUGAUUUGGGAAAAUGCAAAAUGAAAUCAGAGACAAAUCUUUAAUGCAGGUGAUAUCACUAAUUAUACCUAGAUAAAAACUAAAAAACUGAAUCAGGCAGACAUGUUGUUGUUGUUGUGGUCUUCAGUCCUGAGACUGGUUUGAUGCAGCUCUCCAUGCUACUCUAUCCUGUGCAAGCCUUUUCAUCUCCCAGUACCUACU